AUGGCCACCCCCCCGCCCCGCCUCCCGCUCAUCACCGUCCUCGGCUCCCUCAACAUGGACCUCGUCGCCUACGUCCCGCACCACCCCGUGCCGGGCGAGACCCUCACCGCCGACCGCUUCGCCACGUCGCCCGGAGGCAAGGGCGCCAACCAGGCCGUCGCGUGCGCCAAGCUCUCGCGCGCGCGGCCGGCUUCUUUUGCUUCUUCUUCUUCUCAAACCCAGCAGCAGCUUGGUGCUGGUUCUGGCUCUGGUGCUGGCCCCGCUGGUGCCGGGGGGGCCGACUCGGCAGCGGCGACGACGGCGACGGCGACGGCGACGGCGCGCGUCAGCAUGGUCGGGCGCGUGGGGGCGGACGCGCACGGCGCGGCGCUGCGCGCGGGCCUGGCGGCGUUCGGCGUCGACGUGCGGCGCGUCGCGGUGGUGGCCGCGCCCGGCGUCGACACGGGCGUCGCGCUGAUCGUCGUCGACGUCCCCACCGGCGAGAACAGGAUCGUGCUCUCCCCCGGCGCGAACUACGCUUUCCUCCCUGGGGAGUGUUGGUGGUGGUGGUGGUGA